AUGAGCAUGAUAUAUGGGUUUAAGAAAGAGAUAUCAGAGAUCUUUGAGAUAAGUGACCUAGGACGUCUAAGAUACUACCUAGGAAUCGAAGUUGUUCAAUGUGAAGAAGGGAUAAUGUUGAGUCAAGAGAGAUAUGCGAAGAAGAUCUUGUGUGAAGCGGGGAUGGACGACUGCAACUCGGUGCAAGCACCAAUGGAGUUUGGAUUAAAGCUAACUACAGCAACGGAAGAGCAAUGCAUCGACGCUACAGAGUAUCGUCGUCUGAUCGGAUGUCUUAGGUAUCUCAUUCAUACGCGUCCGGAUCUUGCGUUCUCUGUGGGACUGCUGAGUCGUUACAUGCAUGAACCAAAGAAAUCUCACGGUGCAGCUUUGAAGCAAGUCCUCCGAUACUUAAAGGGGUACAGUGACAGCGGACACUGCAUAGACGAAGAUGAUGGUAGGAGUACCACUGGACAUAUAUUCUAUCUGAACGAGUGUCCAAUCUUGUGGUGCUCUCAGAAGCAAGAAACCGUGGCGCUUUCUUCAUGUGAGGCAGAUUUUAUGGCCGCCACGGAAGCUGCAAAAUAG